GAUCGCGCCGCUGAAGCCGGCCAACCCAAGCGUCAUACUGGCUGACACCGGAGCAGGUUGCCCACCUCUCGCUCUCCUCCUGCUGGAUGUCACACGGACCGAGCCUCAAGAAGCCGCCAGCUUCCCUCUCACCAUGGCUUCUAACUUCAACGAUAUAGUCAAGCAGGGAUACGUGAGGAUACGGAGUAAGAAACUGGGGAUUUUCCGGAGGUGUUGGCUGGUGUUCAAGAAAGCCUCGAGUAAAGGACCCCGGCGGUUAGAGAAGUACCCAGAUGAGAAGGCAGCCUACUUCAGGAGCUUCCACAAGAUCACUGAGCUCCAUAACAUCAAGAACAUUACCCGGAUGCCACGGGAGACAAAAAAGCAUGCUGUGGCGAUCAUCUUCUGUGACGACACGUCCAAGACAUUCGCCUGCGAAUCAGAGCUGGAUGCAGAGGAAUGGUGUAAGCUGCUGUGCAUGGAGUGCCUGGGCAGCCGUCUCAAUGACAUCAGCCUGGGAGAGCCAGACCUGUUAGCAGCGGGGGUGCAGCGGGAGCAGAACGAACGCUUCAACGUGUACCUAAUGCCCACCCCCAACCUGGACAUCUACGGGGAGUGCACCAUGCAGAUCACUCAUGAAAACAUCUAUCUGUGGGACAUUCACAACGCUCGCCUCAAACUCGUCAUGUGGCCCCUCAGCUCCUUGCGCAGAUACGGCAGAGACUCCACCUGGUUCACUUUCGAGUCCGGAAGGAUGUGUGACACAGGAGAGGGUUUGUUCACGUUCCAGACGCGGGAGGGGGAGAUGAUCUACCAGCGGGUCCACUCGGCCACGCUGGCCAUUGCCCAGCAGCAUGAGAGGAUGAUGGAGGAGAUGGAGAAGAGCUCCCAGAGCCACUCCAGAGAGACGCUAACUAAGUCCAUCUCCCUGCCACGCAGCGCCUACUGGCAGCACAUCACGCGUCAGACCAGCGUGGGGGAUCUGUACAGCUACCAAGGAACAGGCCUGAUGAUGACUUUCAUCCCGAGAGCACAGACGUUCCCCAGCUUUCUGUCUGAUGAGCCUGAACAGGAGGAGAGCCAGCACCAGCGAGAGGCGCCGUCGCCCUCUAGUGGCUGUGAAUCUAGUUGCAGCCUGAGACCCCUUCAAUGACAGAGAAUUGCUCCAUCGACACUGGACUGAACACUUCACCCACUGCUUUAGAGAGGAUGUAGAAAUAUGUAUAGCAACAUGUGUAAUAUAUCAUUUUAUGGUGAUAAUUUACAGACAGUAGUGUCAACUGUAGAGCGAUCGGUACGCGAAAAAAGGAUCUCGAGGAGGAUUGUAUCUAUUUUUUUUGUGCGACGUGCGACAGCCGAAGUAGCUUCAAAGAUUGUACCAAAAGGAAGAAAAAAAUCCUUUAACUGUCGUUUUUAAGUGUUUUAUGUUGUCAUUAUCCUUUUAAAGCCAGCAUGAUUCUCCCCAUCCCUGUUUUAAAGCACUACAUCAUACCUUCCAAAACCUAAAAGCUACUAACACACCACGGCCCGCUGUAAACCAGUGUCAACUUUUAUUACAAAACUCCUGAAAUGCCAUCAGGCUCGCUCCAUUGAUGUGCAGCCUCAGCAACCAAUUCAUGAGAAAUUCCACCAGUUUUGACUCAAAAUACUCCCACACUCGCUGCUUUCACCUUUUUUUUUUUCUUCUCAAGAAUGUGAAACUGAUCAAUGCCUUACACAAAAAACGCUCGAUGCUGACGCCAGUGAUGGAUCAGCUAAAGUCCUGAAUGAAUACAACUGGCAAAGGGAAAUAGUCAUUCAGAUAUGUGCUUGAAGGAUGUAGUAAUGGACCGUCGUGUCAGAAAUGAUCCAAUGUAACCUUCGCACAGCAUCUGCUUUAAAACUGCCAACCUUACCUUUUCACCAGAGCAAUUUGAUUUUAAUAGCCACCAAGCACGUCGUCGUCCGGUUCCUCUGAGGACUAGUUCAUUUGCAAAAAGGUGUAAAGAGAGCGACCUGAGGGAGUAAGCUACACAGAGCAGAGGUGAUAUUGGCAUUUUGGGUCCAGGAUGUGCUCUGUGGCAAUUAAACAUCAUAACUACUUUUCAUUCAACUUAAUAACACAGUUUAAUUUUGGGGAAAAUAGAUUAAAAUCAGUGCAUUUCUUUGAGAACAUAUACUUUGUUAAAAAGUUACUCUAAUGCCUGGCACUCCCAUUUCACAAGCUCAGAAAUCAAUCUUCCAACUUCAGUAUAUUUGUCCACUGAUAUGGGGGGAAAAAAAAGUAUAAAAUCACUUUACCUGAAGUGGUUAGUGCUGAUAAGCACCUACUCUAGUUUUCCUAAGGGUUACUAACCUGAUACUAUGUUACAGAAUAAAUGGUAGCCAAGAAAAGACACAAUAUGCGAAACUCCAAAGCUUAUAAAAGUCUACUGUUGUUGUACUGAAGUUGAGACAACGUGAUACCAACAUUUUUAUAGUUAACUAAAAGUAGAUGUGAAAACCAAAACAAAGUUAGCUAAAUAAUGAUAAAAACUAGACUUUUGAAAAGAAUUAAAGUAGUAGCUGAAAUGAUUUUGUGAACUCAUAGUUUUACUAUUUGUUAGUUCAGUAAAAGGUUUGAUGGAUAUGUUUAUUGAGACUUUGAAUGGCUACAUGAUGGUGAACAGCUGCCUUCAAAAAAUGGGGUUUUAUUGUUAUACGUAUGUUGAUUUUUCUUAAAUCUUGCCUUUCACAUAUUCCCGACACACACUGGUAAUUAAAAAGACUAAAGGUCAUAACGAAACAAAUGUACCCUAAACUACAGUGAAACAUUCUCAGACAAUAAAAACUGAACUGAAACUGAGCUGAAACAAGCAAACCCACUCUUAGCUCUAUGAAGGAAACUGAUUUUGUGUAUCAGCACGUUAUUUCUUUUUUCAUGGGUUUUUUUUUUUGGUACAGAGGAAAUGAAACAAUGUAACAAGUUUGAAACAGUGAGGCUAAUGUUUUUUGUUUCCAGGCUUUGGCUGAUGGCUUUGGAAACAGAUCUACUCUUUUAAAGAAGACAAAAACAAAAAAACACCCACACAGUUUCAAACCCAGCAGCCUAACAACUAACUACCCCUGCUAGUUCCCUGCAGCCCCCUUUUUCCAUCCGCUUCCAUUCCUCUCUGUAGCAUGACGGAAACACUGCUGUGAUUAUGGUUUCUGCAUCGUCCUCCUUGAGUAAGAAGUGCCUUCCGACACACAGACCGUGGAUUGUGAGAUCUAACCAAAGCAACGUCUUUGGGUUUUGAGUUUACCAUCGCUGACCGGACAGUUUACUUGGAAUCUUCAAAACCGCUUUGCCACAUGUCCUUUUUUCCCGGCUGUGAAAUGCCAUGUAACAGCAUCAAUACCGAGUGUAACCUGUUAGCCGUGGGUGGCAAUCACUAGACCCAACUUCAUCUCUAAAUAUUUGUGGUGACGUUUUUCAUGCAUCAAAAUUUUGACUUUUUUUUUUUCUUGUUCGUUCUCCAAUACUGAAAUUACAGCAUUUUGUGGGUUAAUCACAAAAGUUUCCAAUGACAAUCAGUUUUAGGCAACAUAGGAGUCUCUCAGUGUCAAAUGUAAUCAUUGUUAAAGGUGGGUUGUGUUUUUGUUGUUUGUUUUUUUGUUUUUUGGCACUGAUGCUCUUUUGUCUUGGUUUUACAUUUGAACAGUUUCUAAAGUACAAGCGCUUAUUUUGUGUUUCGCAGUCGUCACUUUAUUUUGUGCAAAAUAUUAUAUUAAAAAAAGAAAAAACGCAUCAUGUAAUUAAUUUUAUUAAUUUAAGCCACAGAUGAUUGUUAGCCUGCAUCGCAGAGUCCACUGAUACAGUUGCUGGCCACAUUUAACUAAGCUGUUGUAUAACUGAGUUGAGUCUUAGCUCCAGUAUAGUAGUUCCAUUGCACUGGCAGCUGUACUGAGAGGACUGGAGAAACUUCUAGUUGAUUGUGUUUGUCAUGUGCCGUUUUAUUUUCGUUCACUGUAGCUAUUCACUUGUUUGUAGAAGUGUCACGAAGAGUUGUUAUCAUUACUAUAUGAUUGUGUUUGUGUCUGCCAUGUUUUGUUCUCAUAGAUUAUAAUAGCACUUUUAAUACAUGAGUGUAGGCCUACAGUUUUCACUAAAUGUACAUAUGUAAUGUUUUUGAUGAUUAAAAAAAAAGGUAAUAAAUUCAAUGUUCUGCCAUG